AUGAUGUAUAUCGAUCGUAAUGGCGAGACUCAGGUUCAGUCGUCGCCCUCAAUCAUGGAGUACGAGCCGGCCAUUUUCACUCCGGACGUGAGGGAAAGAUUUGUGAGGGCAGCAGCAAAGACAACCUGGCAUCCAGGGAUGCCAAAUUUUCAGUCCACUUCCGGGGGUCACAUGGAAGGCGAUGUCACGGGGAGAACGCAGGUCUUCCCGACCGCAAGCAACUCUUUCAUGGCUUUGCACCACGGCUCGGGGUGGUAUCAGCCCGGGCUCAUUCCAUUUGAAUGGCAAUCAGUUCAGAACAGGCGUCACAGGAGAAGUCUGAGGCGCGUUGAUUCGGGUAUUGGCCCGGACUCUCCUUCGCCUACGCCAGCAAUCACAUGGACACCACUUCGCAUUGGGAACAAGGACCUCUUGCGACGCUACUACGAAAUGGCAUUUGAGAACUUCCAGCAACUGAAUUGCAGAGCAAUUGCGAAAGCCUUCGUCAAGUUGGUAGAGCCUCGCAAGCAGGUGCACCACCCUUACAAUGGACGAUCAACCGUGGCCGGAAUGUCUCAACGAGUGGACCCCGAAUUGACCAAGCCUCAGUGGUGGCCUGAAGGAAUAAGACACAGAGAGCCCGAUCAUCUUCUAAAGUUUGAGAGAAUUCGGCUUCUCGUUCAUAUAUUGUGUGAACUUAGAGAGAGCCACAACAUUACUUCGGAGAAACUCAAAGACGCCGGUCAGGAUGUCAGACGAGGAAUUGUGCCUGAAGAACGAUUGCAAGUUCUCGACGAGAUUUACUAUGUUCGAGACAUGGAGGAGUUAUACCUGGACGGGAAAAUUGAUGGUGACACUGUGAUACAUGUCUCUCAAGUGCAGAUGCCUGAGGCCAGCCUGACCUCGGUGCCCAGUCAGCAAGUGACAGGUGACAACGUUGGCGAACAGUCCGUUCCUAUGAUCGCCGUAUCCAACAACCACGACACGGUACAAAGCGCUGAUCACCUCCCACCGGGCCAGACGCAAAGCCAGUGCUCCGAUGCUGUACUAACUCCAAAUACGUCGCCAGCCGUCAGCCGACGAAGCUCGCUAGAAAGUAACAUGACGGGCUACUCGCACAAUAUGACCCCAUGUGGGCUGGCGACGAAUGAUUCCAUCAGAGCCGUGCAACCUUCAGGGCCGCCAUCUAUGGCAAAUUAUUAUGAGCAGCAGUCGAAUGCUCAAUCUUCUGGCCAAACCCCUCAAAAUGGACUCUGGGGUCAACUUUCACACUCCCAUCAGCCACUUGGAUUUCAAGGGUACUGA